CCGAUCAUCAAACAUGCAUAACAGAUCUUACGAGUAAAAUAAGAAAUUCUACUGGAUACGAUUCAAACACCAUGAUUUGUGCAGAAAACAUGCAACAUCUUAGCACGGAUACAUGUCAAAAACACUUCCGCGUUUUCGCGACGAUUGUCGAAGAGAUGGAUUGGUAUGCGUACCUCAUUCUGACUGUUUCAAUACAAAAGAGCUUAUUAAAAAUAGAACAGCGAUACCAUGCGGUUUUCGAGACGAAAUUUUGCAAAAAGAUGUAAAAAUAUGCUGUAAUCCGUCGUAUACUCCUAAUGGUCCGACCAAUUCAUCUACAACGUCUCAGAAAAUUUCCGAACUAUCUACCACAUCAGCAACUCCGAAACACACGCCAAAUCCCAAGAAUUCCACAGCUGUAGCUUUACAAAAAUGUCAAGAAUAUGCAAAAUAUCAAUAUGAAACCGAAUGGAUAGAAUCUCAGCUGCCUGGAGAAGAAGGACAUAAUGUUACCAUUCGUGAUUGCCCAUCUACGUCUUUACUACUGCCCGUAGGUAUUGAGCCACCUCGAGCAAAAGAAUAUCCUCAUAUGGCUCUCAUUGGAUAUGGAAAAGAAUUCAAGAACGUCUCGUGGAAUUGCGAGGGCACCUUAAUAAGCGAAAAGUAUAUCAUGAGUGCUGCGCAUUGCAGUGCAACUUCAGUAUUAGGCCAGCCACGAUGGGCUCUAUUGGGAGAUUUCAUCUUACCCAUGUGGAAUGACGACGCAAAGCCAAAAGCUUAUAGCAUUGUUAAAGUCCAUAAUCACCCGAAUUUCAAAUUCCCAUCAUUCAAUUACGAUAUUUCGCUUUUCGAGUUGAACGACACUGUCGCAUUUAACCCAUUCGUGAGGCCAGCUUGCCUGUAUACAUCACAAGCAGAUUUACUCAUCAACCGGAUAGUGUACGUUACUGGCUGGGAGAAAAAAAACAGAGGCGAAGAAACCACCGGGGGGUUACUGAAGUCAGCCGUUGCUAUAGCCGACCAUCAAAAAUGCAGAACAGCAUUCAAAGUGGGCAAUUCUACUGGCUACGAUUCAAACACCAUGAUUUGUGCAGACAUCGUAGAAAAUCUUGGCAGAAAUACAUGUGAAUGUUUGCUGAUUUUAAUUAGGGUAUCUCAGGAGGUCCAAUACAAAUCCAUAAGCCAGAUGAAGCUUGUACAUGGGAUAUCAUAGGAAUCGCAUCUCGUGGUCCUGGUAUUUGUGGAAAUGAGGCUGACUCCGGGGUUUAUACCAAAGUUACAUAUUACCUGGACUGGAUCCAGAGUAUCGUUUGGCCUUAGCAAAUUGCCAAUGUGGUGAUGAUUUUACGGAUGUGGAAACACAAAGGUGACAUUAAUUACAUACAUCGAAAUGCAUUGUAUUUGAGAAAAAUAAAUUACCCACAUAUGUA